CAGAAUACUGGCUGUGCUUUCGAACUGGACUUUUCCCAUGUUACAACUUUAGUUGUAAGCAACUACAGGAUACGGACCAGUCCCUUCUUCCUUUGUCUUCCUCUGUACCCAAUACAGGGAUCUAUCCAGAGGCUACUUCUGGCAAUUGUUAUUUCUCUGAUCAAUAGCAGAAACUCAUGAGGGUUUGAAUGAAUUUGGAGUUGAAACUCUCACUUUGAACUUGGAGAUGGAGACCCUCAAUUGGACCUCAUCACAGGAGUUUAUCUUCUCUGCUUUCCCUUGUUCCUGGGGAGAGUCUGUCAUCUGCUUUUUUUUGCUGCUCCUCAUCUAUGUUUUCAUUGUUGUUGGAAACCUGGUCAUCAUCACAGUGGUCCAGCUGAAUACUCACCUCCACACUCCUAUGUACUUCUUCAUUAGUGUGCUUUCCUUUCUGGAGAUGUGGUAUACCACCGCUACCAUCCCAACGAUGCUCUCAACCCUGCUUAGUGAGAGGAGGAGCAUUUCCUUAAAUGGUUGCCUCCUGCAGAUGUAUUUCUUCCAUUCCACAGGCAUCAGUGAAGUGUGUCUAUUGACAGCUAUGGCCUUCGAUCGCUACCUGGCCAUCUGUAGCCCUCUUCAUUAUCCAACCAUCAUGACCCCCAAGCUAUGUGCCCAGCUGACUUUAAGUUGCUGCGUAUGUGGCUUUAUCACACCCCUCCCUGAGAUUGCCUGGAUCUCCACGCUGCCAUUUUGUGGCUCAAACCACCUUGAGCACAUCUUCUGUGACUUCCUCCCAGUGCUGCGCCUGGCCUGCACAGACACACAAGCCAUCGUCAUGAUUCAGAUAGUGGAUGUUGUGCAUGCAGUGGAGAUUGUCACAGCUGCGAUGCUUAUUGUCAUGUCCUACGUUGGCAUCGUGGCUGUGAUUCUACGUAUUCGUUCAGCUGAAGGCCGCCGCAAAGCAUUUUCCACAUGCGUCUCCCACCUCACUGUCUUUUUGCUCUUCUUUGGUAACGUGGCCCUCAUGUACCUACGCUUCUCUGCCACCUACUCCAUGUUCUGGGACACAGCCAUUGCUCUGGGCUUUGCAGUUUUGUCCCCUUUCUUCAACCCCAUUAUCUACAGCCUGAGGAAUAAAGAGAUAAAAGAAGCUAUCAAAAAGCAUGUGGAUCAAGCUAAGAUCUUUUUUCAUUAGACCAGGCACCUCAAGUAAGAGCUCUUACUUGGGAGUCUAAAUAUAGUGGUUGCUGACUCCUCUUCAACAUCUGAAAUCUCUCUUUUUCCAACAGCGUGUUACAGAGACUGUUCUCCCAA